AUGCCAACCGCUACUAAUGAACUAUCCUUCCUUACUAAAAAGGUAACAGUGUCACCGUUAGUUCUCCUCUCCGUUGUUGAUCACUACAAUCGAGUUGCUAAAGACUCGAAGAAACGUGUUGUGGGUGUGAUCCUUGGGGAAAGUAAUCUGGAUGUGAUCAAGGUCACUAACUCAUACGCAAUUCCCUUCGAAGAGGACGAGAAGAAUCCUAGUGUAUGGUUUUUGGACCAUAAUUUUAUCGAGUCCAUGGGCGAUAUGUAUCAAAAGAUCAAUGCGAAAGAGCGGCUAAUUGGUUGGUACCAUUCGGGCCCCAAAUUGAAAUCUUCAGAUUUGAAAAUCAACGACGUGUUCAAGAAAUACACCGCAAACCCUCUCCUAUUGAUCGUUGACGUACAACCAAGACUUGUAGGUAUCCCUACAGAUGCGUAUUAUGCUGUUGACGACAUAAAGAACGAUGGAUCAGCUGCCGAAAGAACAUUCGUUCAUGUGCCUUCAUUAAUCGAGGCUGAAGAAGCUGAAGAAAUAGGUGUUGAGCAUUUGUUGAGAGAUAUUCGGGAUCAGGCAGCUGGAAACCUAUCAAUGAAAGUGACCGAAAGCUACCAGUCAUUACUAGGCUUACACCAGAAACUUAGAAAUAUUGCAAACUAUCUUGACAAGGUAUAUCAGAAAAAGCUUCCUAUCAAUCACACAAUUCUAGGCAAGCUUCAAAAUGUGUUCAAUCUUCUUCCUAACUUGAUGGGUUCUGGGUUGGAGUCAAAUGAAUUGAAGGAGCAGUCCAAGGCGCCGGUGUCCAGCUCCUUAUCUACUGCAUUCACUGUAAAAACCAAUGACGAAUUGAUGAUGGUCUACAUCAGUACUCUUGUUCGUGCAAUAAUCGCAUUCCACGAUCUCAUCGAGAAUAAGUUGGAAAACAAGAAGUUGAAUGAAAAGGGUAGUUUGAAAGAGCUUCAGUCAUCUGACACCAAUCCUCCAUCUGGAUUAGAAGAGGUAGGGGAGGGUCUUCCACAGGAAUAG